ACUCUCUCUCAGGAAGGCCGGGCAGAACAGCGGAGCCGCGGCCAUGUCCCGACCGCCCCAGUGCCCCGUAGUGCAGCAGCUCCGACCCGUGUCCGUCGCGCCGCGCCCGGAGCUCGCGGAGCUGCGGGAGGCCGCCUACUGCUUGGUGGUGGACGCGGACGGGAGUAGGAUCCCCUUCGGGGCCUUGUACAGGCGGCAGAAGGCCAUCGUGGUGUUUGUGCGGAAUUUCUUGUGUUACACCUGUAAGGAGUAUGUAGAAGACCUGGCAAAAGUCCCCAGGAGUUAUUUACAAGAAGCAAAUGUGAGGCUUAUAGUUAUUGGACAGUCAUCUUAUCAUCAUAUCAAGCCCUUUUGCAGUUUAACUGGGUAUACACAUGAAAUGUAUGUAGAUCCACAAAGGGAAAUUUAUAAAAUGCUUGGCAUGAAAAGAGGUGAAGGUAAUGACGUAUCAGUGCAGAGCCCUCAUGUAAAAUCAAGCAUGCUCUUGGGCAGUAUUAGAAGUAUGUGGAGAGCAAUGACUAGCCCAGCUUUUGACUUCCAAGGAGACCCUGCUCAACAGGGAGGAACUUUGAUCUUAGGCCCAGGUAAUGAAGUUCAUUUUUUGCAUCAUGAUAGAAACAGAUUGGAUCAUGUUCCCAUUAAUUCAGUUUUGCAGCUGGCAGGAGUUAAAACAGUAAAUUUCACAAACAAACCCCAGAUUAUUGAUGUAUGACACUGAGACAGUGUGUCUUUUUUAUUAUUAUUAUUCUCUACAAGAACAACACUCCAGUGAAUUCUCGACAGCUUCAGUACUCUUCAUCUUUAUAGGACAUCUGAAACUGUGUCUGGAAUACCAGAGCACAGAAUAAACUACCUGGCACUGAAGACAGACACUAAAAUACUGUUUCCAUUGUGUAUAAGAUAAUAAAAACUAAAAUACAACUGAGACCUACUGCAAAAAUUCCUGUAGCUUACUGCUUUCUCAUAUAACAAUCUUGCUAACACAUUUUAAGAAUCUUUGUUCAGAAUACACUGAACUAAAAUGUUUUUACUCAGGAAGAACUUGGGUUUCUUGCCUUCCAGUAAACCAAAUUGCAUUUAAAUCCAAAACUUUUCAGUGGCUUUAAAACCUUCAGCAUUGUGUGGGAAUCUUGUAUAAAAAAAUAAACUUCAAAAAAUCACUGUUCUAAACAA